AUGGCAACGGCUGCGUCGGCGGCCGCUAUCACGGCCACGGGCAUCUCCGUCGUCCACACCCCAUCCGGCCUCCCGCCUGACACCGAGUACGUCGCUAGGACAUCUGGAAGCAUCCUGUUCGUCCAUGGACUUCAAGGUCAUCCACAGAAAACAUGGACAUACCGCCAGCCGCCCGAUAACCAGGUCAAGCCCCUCUCCCCCUGGAAGAAACGGCUACGGUGGCCUCGGUCUGAAGCGCAAUCGACGACUAAUCAAUCUGGCGCUGUAAAAGUUGCCGACGUAUUUUGGCCGCGCGAUCUCUUACCUCGACAAUGCCCAAAUGCUCGCAUUCUCACCUUUGGCUACGAUUCAAAAGUGACUAAAGGAUAUACUCCUGCGGGCAAAGGAAGCAUUUUCUCUCACGCCAAGGAUUUGCUUUACGCUCUAGACCGAGCUCGAGUGCCCGGACGAAGACUCGUAUUCGUUGCUCAUUCAUUGGGAGGAAUAAUCGUUAAAGAGAUCACUAAAUCGAGUGUGGCUGGGAAGGUUCUGCGGCGAUCUGAGCUUUCUGAAGAGAAUGGGAUCCGAGAUAUACUGGACUGCUCUGCAGCUGUUAUAUUUCUCGGUACGCCACAUCGAGGUUCUCCGGGGCUGGCAUCUACUGCUGACACUGUGCGGAUGGUUGCACAGGCAAUCCUUCGCGUUGAUGCCAAUGCAGCAGUUUUGCGAUCAUUGGGUGUCGACAGCCCGGAGCUAGAGAUUUGUCACCAGUCUUUUAUGACCCAAUGGAGAACGCGCGGGAUCAGGGUGAAGACCUUCCAAGAGGCUGAAGCCAUGCAUGGUGUCAACUUUGGUUUGAUGAAUGACAAGAUCGUUCCUGAUUCUUCAUCUUCGUUGGGUAACCCACUCGAACAUGCUGAGUCGAUACAGGCAAAUCAUAUGGGAAUGACCAAGUUUCGAGGCUAUGAUGACCCUGGUUAUCAGAAGGUAGGGUUAGAGCUUUCGCGGCUAGUAUCCUCGAAUUCAGCAUGCAUCAAUGCGUUGUCUUACACCGACCGUCAAAGCCGAGAGAAUGCGAUAAAACCUCCUCUGAAAGACACUGGUUCUUGGCUCCUAUCUGUGGGUUUAUAUGUAGACUGGGUACACCGCAACAACGUUGACGAAACGGGCGGCCUCCUAUGGCUUAAAGGCAAGCCUGGUUCAGGGAAAUCAACCCUGAUGAAAGAGGCGUCCCGCCGAGCUAAGGGGGUAUGCCACCCGCCCCCUCUUAUCGCCACUUUCUACUUCAACGCACGUGGAAGCCCUCUUGAGCGAUCACCGAUGGGUCUAUUCCGUUCCUUGAUUCUUCAAUUAUUCAUGCAAAACGACAAUUUCCAAGAACAUGUGGUGACUCACUACCGCAACGCUACCAAUCGAGGUAGCAUGAAAUGGAACCUGGAGGUCACCGACUUACAAGACCUUCUUAUAUCCGGUAUACAAGAGCAGCAGAAACAGCAACGCAUUAUGAUAUUCGUCGACGCGCUGGAUGAAUGUGAUGAGGAAAGCGUCCGAGCUAUAACGCGUUAUUUCAGGACCCUUGCUGACAGCGUUUACGCUGUUGGAAAAAGUCUUAAUAUCCUCUUAUCGAGCCGCCACUAUCCAACAAUUACUCUUGCACGGUGUCCAGAAAUAUUUGUCGAAAGGGGAAAUUCAGGUGAUAUCGCUCGCUACCUCGACAAGAAUCUGAGCUAUGGGAUUGCCAGACAAGAGCAUAUGCUUGAGCGGCUGCGCUCUUCACUGCUCCAGAGAUCUUCCGGUAUCUUCCUGUGGAUUGUUUUGGUUGUCAGGAUAGUUCUCAAAGAUUUGGACGACGGGAAAACCGCCGAAGAGAUCGAAGAAACGCUAGCAUCAGUACCUGAUGACCUCGUGGAGCUUUUCAGGAACCUCCUCGGGACACUUACGCAAAAAGAGCGCGGAGAAUCUCUCGUGCUUGUGCAAUGGGUGUUACUGUCUCCAAGAACUCUCCACCCUGUCGAUAUCAGGACUAUCAAGCUUUUAGGGGUUGAAACUGUGCAAUCGCUUCCUGAAGCCAUGGAAAAAUUCAAAAGGCCGGAAAACGUCGCAAGGGAUUGGAACGCUGACUUGGACAGAGUAGAGCGAAACGUGAGAACUUUAUCCAGAGGACUCAUGGAGAUCUCAGGGUCAAAGGUGCAGUUCAUACACGAGUCCGUCCGCCAGUUCUUCUUUCAGGACGGCCCGGCAGUAUUCGAGAUGCCUUACAUGAUUCCCCUGGGUCACUGCAUGAUCAUCAGGGCCUGUCUCCAUGGGCUGUGUCUGUUAGAGCAGCUAUAUUGGAGACGAUCAUCUGAAGUUCGGACAUUCCAGUGGAUUGUCGCAUACGCCGAGUACUUCAUUCAGCACCAUGCCAUUGAGGCGAGACACGACGUUGAGCUCCCGAAUAAACUACCUCAUAUUCUUCGAAGUCUUGUCAGAGUGCUUAGAUCAAAAGCUCAGUUGGAAGACCCGACGUUACUCAGCAAUACUGGCGCGAUGAUCCUCGUGAAGGAGUGGAAAGAGAAUCUGUCUCUGCCUCGUCCGUCGAGCCUACUGCCAUUCGACUUGCGUCUCUUUUCCUUGUCAGUGUCAGGGGCUACCCUAUGCAACAAUAUCAUACGUAGCCUUCGCCUUUCCUCAUCUCCCUGUCAAGUAUCAGCGAUUGCGAGUGUCCCAAGACUCAUUGCCUCGGACACGAAUGACUGGGAUGACGAGAAAUUGAUCUCAUCAACUGUUGUUCAUCAUCCACAGUCGCACUCCGAUCUUGAGCAGGGCGUAAGUGCAUUGAGCCUUCUCCCACAUCUAAGAAGUCAUGAUGAACGGCGCAAAGUAGCUGAACUGAAGUUCUUGGUUCAAGAGGGCUCGGACAUCAAUGCAGUUGACUCGGAAGGCAACACUGGUCUGCAUUUUGCCGCUUGGAAAGGAUUAGCCGACCUUACUCUCGCGCUCAUUGCACAAGGGGCCAGGGUGGAAUCUUGCAACAGUUUUGGGAUGACGCCUCUGCUCUUGGCCUGUCUAUACGGGAAGCACUCCCUUGUCGACCAACUGCUCCGAUCAGGGGCCAACGUUCAGUUCAAAGGCAACGAUGACUAUACGGCUUUGCACUUGGCUGCGGAAGCUUCCGACGCAGCGAUGGCGCAGCAACUGCUUUCCGCAGAAGCCGACGUCAAUGCCGUGGAUGCGUUUGGAAGGACCCCGUUGCACGUGGCCAUAUUUUACGGAGCAGACUUGCAACUGCUAAAUGUGCUGUGUGCUUCCGGCGCCAAUCUUUUUGCAAAAGAUCGUGCCUCGUUCACCCCUCUAGCAAUUACCGUCACACUGGAAGACAUGCUGCUACGGUACGACCCUCGCCAACAGGGAUCUGGAAGCAGCACCAAUUUUGAGAAGAUGAUGGUAUCUCGCGUUAGCCACAGGGAAGGCCAGGGCCCUGCUGGGGGAUAUCUUUUUGCCCCUCCUCCUCCUCCUCCUGCCGUGUAA